AAAAGUUCGCUUGAGCCAAUCGAAUUGUGGCUGCUUUGUUUCUAUUGGUAAAAAUUUCUGGUCAAUCAGAGCCGAGAGAAUAUCGGCCGCCUGCCUAUUGGAGCACCUCCACACGUAUCGUGUCGUGCGUAAUCGGUAAUUGGUGGAAGUAGUGCAUUUCCGGUUCAGAAGUCAUCUGUUCGCGAGUGAUUUAAUUGAAGUGAUAAGUUCGCGGUCGUGGAAAAAUUCUACGCUUCCAUCUCGGUUGUGUGAUUCACGCGUAGUUUGCUCGAUCAGUCAGUGUUCGGGCGGAAGAAAGCAGUGUAAACAGUGAAAUGACCGACCACGGUUCCGGGAGCCACUCGGGGGAAAAGAUGAGCGAAGCCCAACGUUCCAUCGAAGAGUUCUGGCCGGAGGUGAUGGAGGACAUGCAGCGAAUAAAGCACGUCGAACCCGGAAAUCAGGUGCUCCCGCUGGCCCGGAUCAAAAAGAUCAUGAAGCUGGACGAAGACGUCAAGAUGAUUUCCGCCGAGGCGCCCCUUCUCUUUGCCAAAGCCGCCGAAAUCUUCAUCCAGGAGCUGACUCUGCGGGCAUGGCUGCACACCGAGGACAACAAACGGCGCACCCUGCAGCGGAGUGACAUUGCCAUGGCCAUUGCCAAGUACGAUCAGUUUGAUUUUCUGAUCGAUAUCGUCCCGCGGGAGGAGAUCAAACCGGUCCGGAGGGAUUUCGAGACCAAAUCGUCGACGGACGACGUACAGUACUACCUCCAGUUGGCUCAGCAGCACCAGCAAGCCCUGCAAGGCACCAGUGGGACGACGACCAGUGGCGCUGGGCCCAGCACUAGCGGGACCAACAUCGUUCAGGUUCAAACAUCGCCCGUCAUGACUCAGCAGAUCAUUCAACAACCGCACAUGACGCAGCAGACGCAAUCGGUACAAGCUCAAACGCCGCAGAUCACCACCAUCACCAGCCCGACGACACAGAACAUAAUCCUCACCAAUCCAGUCACGGGGACGGCCACCAUGCAUACGACGACGGCAGUUCCAACCACAGCCAAUGCCAUCACACCGACCCAGAUGGCAUCGACGGCACAACCAUUCCAGCUGGUCCAACAAGUCCUGACCCCGAGCGGCGAAGUGACACACAUUCCCAUCCCCCUGACGCAAAACCAGCUCAACUUCAUUCGCUCGCAGAUGCAGUUGCAGGGUGCGGCUGCAGCGGGUGCCACCUCACAUGGCGGGCCUCAACCGAUCAUCAUUCAGGCACCGCAACUGCAGACAGCACCAACCAUCAUCCAGGCGGCCCCGGCGGGGGUAUUCCUGAACGCGGCACAGGUGCAACAACUUCAACAACAUCAACAGCAGCAGCAACAACAACAACAACAUCAUCACCAAGCACAAACUCACAUCAUUCAGCAAUCUCCGACGUUGGUUCAGCAACAUCAUCAUCAUCACCAUCACCAACCGCAGCAGCAACAUCAGCCGCCUCAUGAAUAGUGAGGCAAAGUGGCGAAAGUAGGUUCUAGGAUUAGAGUUAGUUGAUGUAGAUAGGUAGAUUUAUUUUGUAAGGAGUUUUAUCAGAUGCCAUAACAGAACAAGGUGUGUACUAAGGAGUACCUAUGUUG